AGCCCUGCCCGCGCCCGGCCGGGGCUGGGCAGCAGGGUGCGUUGCGCGGCGGCGCUGGUGUCUGAGGCGGCGGCUCCGGUGUCUCUUCCGCCGCUCCGUGCCCCGGCCCCGCCGAGCCCGGAGAGCUGUCCUCUUUUCAUCAGCCUUUGUGCUGAAGAAGGUGGUGUGAACACUCUCUGACCAGGAGGAAUCACAACCGGGAUCCCCAGCAACAAGCACAACCUGCGAGGCAGGAGCUGGAACUGCUUCACUGCAGUAAGGAGUAUUCUCGUGUGCUGGGGCCUGGAGCCAAUGGCAGACAAUGUCAACAACUAACAACAUAGCGCAGGCCCGCAAGCUGGUGGAGCAGCUCCGCAUUGAAGCUGGCAUCGAGAGGAUCAAGGUCUCGAAAGCAUCCUCUGAGCUAAUGAAUUACUGUGAGCAACACGCCAGGAAUGACCCACUGCUGGUUGGAGUGCCCGCUUCGGAGAACCCUUUUAAGGACAAAAAGCCUUGUAUCAUCCUAUAGCUUUGCUCGCUGUGGCGUGUGUGAUCUCUCAGGCAGGGCACUGUUCUCCAUCAACUGAAACCAAGAUACAAACUUAUAACUGUG